ACGUAGAAUGACGCUACUCUACACAAGUCCAAACAGGCAGAAACUACAAACCCAAAUAAGCAGGCUAUCUCAGUGAUCAUCUUUCGAAUAAUCGGCGGGUUGAGUGUGGGACACGCCAAUGUAAUCAUAUCCAAAACUGAAUAAACCAUUUCGUUUUCCCAUUACAUGUGGCAUAUUAGCUGCAUUGUCACUUUAUAUCAGUGUUAGGUAGCGAGGGCCCCCCUGAACGUGGCUCCUCCUCCCCGCAUCGUGUCUGGCCGCCCCCUCUCGGCUCAGCCGUGGACCGUCUCUUCUCUUUCACAGAGCUCCGAGCGCCGGAUAACCCUUACCGAGUACACAGCCAUGGCAGAAAGCGCCGGCUUGGAGAACCACCGCAUCAAGAGCUUUAAAAACAAGGGGCGCGAUGUCGAGACUAUGAGAAGACAUCGGAAUGAAGUGACUGUCGAGCUGAGGAAGAACAAACGAGAUGAGCACCUGCUGAAGAAGCGGAACGUACCGCAGGAGGAGAGCCUGGAGGACUCUGAUGUCGACGCUGAUUUCAAAGGGCAAAAUGUAACACUAGAUGCAAUCUUACAGAACGCCACCAGUGACAACGCAGUUGUGCAGCUCAGCGCAGUGCAGGCAGCCAGAAAAUUACUCUCCAGCGACAGAAACCCCCCCAUCGAUGACUUGAUAAAGUCUGGGAUCCUCCCCAUCCUAGUGAAAUGCCUGGAGAGGGAUGACAAUCCUUCCUUGCAGUUUGAAGCCGCUUGGGCACUGACCAACAUCGCCUCCGGGACCUCUGCACAGACUCAGGCUGUGGUCAAAUCCAAUGCUGUGCCGUUGUUCCUGCGGCUGCUUCACUCUCCACACCAGAACGUGUGUGAACAGGCUGUGUGGGCCCUGGGCAACAUUAUUGGUGACGGGCCGCAGUGCCGGGAUUAUGUCAUCUCCCUGGGCGUGGUCAAGCCCCUCCUGUCCUUCAUCAAUCCCUCCAUACCCAUCACCUUCCUCCGCAAUGUGACCUGGGUCAUCGUCAACCUGUGCAGGAACAAGGACCCGCCCCCACCCAUGGAGACGGUGCAGGAGAUCCUGCCGGCCCUGUGUGUGCUAAUAUACCACACUGAUAUCAAUAUCCUGGUGGACACCGUGUGGGCCCUGUCUUACCUGACGGACGGUGGGAAUGAGCAGAUCCAGAUGGUCAUUGACUCGGGCGUGGUCCCCUUCCUCGUUCCACUGCUCAGUCAUCAGGAGGUCAAAGUUCAGACUGCAGCUCUGCGGGCGGUGGGGAACAUCGUCACGGGGACGGACGAGCAGACGCAGGUGGUGCUCAACUGCGACGUUCUGUCCCACUUCCCCAACCUGCUCACGCACCCCAAGGAGAAGAUCAACAAGGAGGCGGUGUGGUUCCUGUCCAAUAUCACUGCAGGCAACCAGCAGCAGGUCCAGGCCGUGAUUGAUGCAGGUCUCAUCCCCAUGGUCAUCCAUCAGCUAGCCAAGGGAGACUUUGGGACACAGAAAGAGGCUGCCUGGGCCAUCAGCAAUUUGACAAUAAGUGGGAGGAAAGACCAGGUGGAGUACCUGGUUCAGCAGAACGUCAUCCCGCCGUUCUGCUACCUGCUCUCAGUCAAAGACUCUCAGGUGGUCCAGGUGGUCCUGGAUGGACUGAAGAACAUCCUGAUCAUGGCAGGCGAGGAGGCCAGCACCAUCGCUGAAAUCAUUGAGGAGUGUGGAGGUUUGGAGAAAAUAGAAAACCUUCAGCAGCAUGAAAACGAGGAUAUUUACAAGCUGGCGUUCGAAAUCAUCGAUCAGUACUUUUCAGGAGACGAUAUCGACGAGGAUCCCAGUCUCAUCCCUGAGGCCACGCAGGGCGGAACCUUCAACUUUGACCCUGCCUCCAACCUGCAGACCAAGGAGUUCAAGUUCUAAAAGCACCCUUCUGCCCCGCCCCGCAAAUGGGGUCUACUAGCUGCUCCGCACCUGUUCCGGUUACCUUCAGUACAUCACAACAGACUUCACCCUCCAGACCUACACAAACCCCACACAGCAGCCAUGCACUGAAGGAGCAAAGACUAUUGCAGGCAUCCCCCCCCUCCCUCCCCCCCCCCCCCCCUCAGCGAUGCUUCUGAAAACUACAGAAAAGCAAAAAAUAUCUAAAACCCAACUUCCCAUCACUGCAGUUGCCAAAAGUCACUUUCCUCUCUUUCACACGCUGACUAAACUGAAUACUUCUGCAUGAGUUGUCUCAUCAGUCCCGGAGAAGAGGAGCAACAAGGAAAAAUAAAAUCCACAUGGGGGCGUGGCUUACCCCCCCUCCCUGCGAUCACUCCAGUCUCACUCAAGCCACCCCGAUUAACGAAGUGCAACCUCAGAGCUAAGGCUCACGGCCCUCUGAUGCCUGCCGCUCCAUGGAAGGCCCCUGAAGAGGGGAAGGAGAAGUACUGACAGAAUUCUGUCGCCACUAAUUUCAUUUAGGUUUUUCUGGGGUUUUUGUUUUUUUUUCCUUGCUUUUUUGUUUUGUUUUGUUUCUUCGUCUUCUCUUCAAUCACCGUGGAAGAAUGAAUUUCUAUGUGGGGGGGGGGGGGAGGGGGAAAUACAAAAAAAUACAAAAAAAAAUGUGAACAACAACAUGCGCAUAAAAAACUAAACUGGUUUCUUGGGAAAAGGUGAUUUGUUUUACAUAAAUUCUGCAAAGAAGGAGAAGGAAAACAAAAACUUUGUAACAUUGAUCUUUUUGCAGGUCCAGAAACCAGGAAUUAAAAAGAAAAGAGCCAUUUUGUGUGGAGAUAAAACUCUGCUGGAGCCGACAUUUGAGCGGAAAGGAAUUACUGUUAUUCUGGAAGACUGAAGCCAUGCUGCACUAAUGAUGUCACUGCCCGUGUCCUUGUCUUGUGACAUCACAGCCUGCCCUCCCAGCUUUUCAAAUUGGCAGUUGUGAUGUCACGUCCUGCCUCCCUGCUCAUUGGAUAGGCUGUAGGCAUGCACACACUGUAUGGGGGAGACCUGGUGUCCUGCUCUUGCUAAGAGCCGGAGGUCAGAUCUGAAUCUCUUCUGUGCAGUGAUUCUAAUUAGUUUCUCUUCUGAAGAAAACGCAAACCUCUUAACUACCAGGCAUGCUUUUGGGCUGUUUUUUUUUUUUUUGUUUGUUUUGUUUGUUUUAAUUCAUUUUAUGAUUUUUGUUUCCUAUUUUAUAUUUAUUUUUUUAGGAUUUAUUGCAUAUUUUUAGUUUAAAUUUAAAGACAACAUAAAUUUUCAUUCUUUUUUUUUUUUUUUUUUUUGGUUUAAUCUGUGGAGCUUCCACAUUUGCGGUUUUUUCAGUCUUAUACGUACUUGCGAAGUAGUACCUUGUACUUAACUUUCUGUGGAAGGUGGCGAAUUGCUUAAAUUAAAGACGAUGACAAACUGCGGAGACCUUCACACUUCUCAGUCUCAUUCCCUCUUUUUCCCAAAGGUCACAUGCUACAAGCCUAACUGUACAAAUUAAAAUGGAUCUUUCCCACGUCAUAUUUAAGGCCUGUAUAAAAGCUGCAGUAGCCGUCUCUUCCUCACUGGGAUACUGCAGAAAAAUAGCAUUGCAUUUACUGUCGAAAAAAAAAAAAAAUUAACUGGGAGUUAUUUUUUUCUACAUGCAUACAUGGUGAUAACCGGACUGUUUAUUGCAGAUGGGUUUUCUUGCUGUUGUGACUGGACAUUGUCUUCGUUUCCCUGUGCAUUUGCUUUGUAAAGGGAUUUGAAACAAACAAAAAAAUUGCAAUUGGACUAAUGUAGUUAACGUUUUGGCUGCUAAAUAUUAAAAGAUGUGGAAAGCAGCCAGAGCGUUCUGGACUAGCCAUUUAUAACUGAUGAACAAAACUUUUGCAGGUGUACAGUCAUGACCUAUUUAGACACUUAGACAGAGCCACUUUAAAGAUUAGAAUUUUGUCUUGUAUCAUAAACCGAUACAAGCGUAUGUUCAUUGCAAGAUUUUUACUUGCUGAAGAAAACUUGUUUUAAAUGAGAAAAAAGGCGGUAGAUCGCAUUUUGGCCUCUGAUUGUUUGUAUCUUUUUAUAAAUUUUAGAUUGAAUUUCUCUUUAAGGUGGCUCAUGGUUUCUUUCAGCUCUUUUGCAUAUUAAAGAGAAGAAUGAGUUGAAAUUCAUUGUGCCUUUUGUUUUUCAUUUCUAAGCAACAAGAGUUUCUUAAAAAACAAAAAGGAGUACUUAGCAACCGAGGUGUUCGAGAAACGGGGUUAACCAAGUGAGGCAUUCCCUCUUCGCCGCAGUGCAUUGUGGGACAUUUUAUCGAAUGAGGCAUUCCCCCAUUGCUGCAGUGCAUUGUGGGACAUUUUAUCCGAAUGAGGCAUUCCCCCAUUGCUGCAGUGCACUGUGGGACAUUUCAGAGCGGCUUUUCUGUGCCUGGAGGCCAGAUUGUCCCAUUCAUUCUAUUGGCUGACCAUUGUAUUCCACUGACAUCACUUCCCCCCCCACUCCCUACCCAUAGCCAUUACCGCAACUCCACACAUUUUUCACUAAUCGGUGGAUUCUGAGACUCCGUGGCAACAUGAUAUCAUGUCUCAUCACUCCCUCAGGACCUGGUCUCUGUAUUAAUGAUCCUAACCAAAAUAAACCUGCUGUUAGCCAUUGGC